AUGUGUGAAGGACUAAAUCCAGUUGAAGCUCAUAAUGAUGAACAAACAGAAAUAAUGGAAUCAGAUAUUGAUUCUUCGAAUUCAUCAGCCCAGAUUCAAACGAGUACAUCUGUUCAGCCCUAUCAUCAACAUCAGUCCGUUCAAACCAAUAAUAGGAUUGCCUUAUCCUGCGGUGAUAUUCUUGGAUUGUUCGUAAAUGUCACAAUAAUGAUGAAUAAUGAAAAACGAUUUAAUUUUGACGACACGGUGAACUUAACGAAUGAAGAUCAUUACAAUUUGACUGGCUUAAAUUGGAAACGUAAGAAGCAAUCGCCUCGUGGCUAUUUAAUUGCGCAACAGCAAAUGCGGACAGAAGAAGAAGAAAAACUUGGUGGUUUCAAGAUCUUAGGAACAAGAAGAGAAAAAGAAACAACGGCGAAUACAGCAGCGAAAGAUGAGGUCUGA